CUUCAUCGGGUCCUGCCAUCCUCCUCUUCCUCCGCCAUGGCGCUGCUCCUCUGAGUGAUCUCUGCGCCUCUCGCCCCCUCCCGGUAUUGCUCUGCUCUGGCACUGCCAACCCGCGAUGGCAUCUCCCGUGCUAUUUACUGAACUGACUGAUUCCGAAGUUCGAAGCUCCCCCCCCCAAAUGCGACGGGCUGCUGACUGAGAUAUGAUCUCUUUCGCCUGUAUUACUGACUGGAAAUGAAUCCGCCUGCUGCCGCGCAAGCUUCCCUGGCGACAUCUAAGAACGACGACAGGUAAAUCAUGGAGUUCCCCGGGGGGUCCAUCACCAACAUACGCGUCAUUGAUGGUUUCUCCCACAUCUACUGGAGAAUCUACACUGAGGAGCCCAAUAUCGCCAAUAAUCCCGGCGAGCCUCCGGCGAAUGGCUACACCAUCCUUAAACAUCUCAGCCGCCUCAAAGACCUCGAGCUCCAACUGAGAGACCGCGACUGCUUGGUAUCAAGUUACCCUCGCCGGCUCUGCUUAUGGCUCUUCUCCGCCACCCCUGGCUUUGAGAGCCUCACUUCCUUCCCCCCCACAGAAGGUAAAGACGAAUCGAACAGGAUUGCCAUCGGCUCGGCAACCUUGAAAGUUUCCUCCUCCGGGAGCGUCUCUUCUUCGGAUUUGGUCAAAAACCUUUCGACGGAGCCCCAAAAUACGUCGAGCUCCACCGGUCCUCAAAGGCCGAACGCUCUUACGCCCUACGCCACGAUUUAUGCAUCAUUUAUUUCUGCUAUCAGUGGAGCAGUCAGUCUUCAGCUGAUCCGCCAGCGCAAUGCGAUUCCCCUUGGGUCGCGCACUCUCUUUACCGCGGUCGAAAGAGAUUCUUACGAGAACUCCAGGGUUGUCAAGAACGACCCUAUUUCGGCCCCAAGUCUCACUACGCUUCAAAUCCAGCUGACGUCUGUUGGAAAGCUGACAGUGGCUUUGCAGACCGUGUCGCAAGCUGGCCUUAUGCGAUUACGCACACCUGACGAUGAUCCUGCACGUGUCCAUGAGACUCCGCCCGGCACCGACCUCUGGCUAUCUCCCAGUGGGUCCAUCGCCAGACUAGUGACGACCAAUCCGCCCCGAACGAACGCCCCUUCGCCGUAUCCUCCUAGUGCUGGCAGUCUAGGGAAUGAAAAGCCGGGCGUGACGAACCGCAAACAGUGGAAGGUCAAUGUGCUAUGGUGGCUGGCCAAUUUCGGUCUUCCAGUGGAUGACAUUGAGGAGGACGCCUGGGUGGAGGUUGAAGUUUGGGAGCCGUUUUACUCUAGACUUGCUGGGGAGGUAUUACGGCCAAACGAUGAAGGCUCGUCCACGCUUCCGCUAAAGCGGAUCCUUUGGCCGGCUAAUUACUGCUUCAAGAGGACAAAGUCAGCAUCUUCAGAUUCCUUUGGUCAAAUGGAAAGCGUCUGUCCUGUUGUGGGUGACCCUCUAGACUUUGCGGAGAAAUGGCGCGUAACAGAAAAGCCCAACUUUACCAAUGCGAGCCCUAAGCCUCCGUCUGUCCAUCCAGAACCGCCGGCCAGUGAUCAAGACGCAGCAUCGCCCGACAUCAUUAGCUUGUCGGAAGGCUUUGACAGCCUUUCGCGAGCCUCACAGUACCCCGAGCUUCAGACCGCUAGUCUUGUAUAUCCAACGCCGCCUGACGGGGCCGCUACAGCAGGGUUGGUCCCUACCCUGUCCUCCGAUGCUUUUGCGGAAGACCUUGACCACGGCUCAACCUUCAUGCAGCCGAGCAGGCAAGCCCAUUACGCCCAGCCACCCGGUAAAGAUCGGGUGGAGAAUGGUUUAGAGAUGGACUUUGGCCCAUCGGCGGGGCUUAUGGUGGGAUCCGGUCUAUACGACACCAACGAAGAUGACGAUUUGUUCGGGGACAUCAACGAAAGGGACUUUGGGUCGAAAGGAAUCACCGACGCGGAUUUCAGCUUCUUCGACGACCCGGACUUUGAUCAUGGAGGCAGAGUUGACCAGGCAGAUCCCGUCCACGAGACGCCUGCUUUCAUGGAUACAGAUGAACCCUGCAUGCCACCUGCUGUCACAGAUCCAACUUCACCGGACCAGACCCCGGCGUUGCACAUUGAUUUUCCCCGACUGAGUCCGAUAAACGAAACACCGGAAGUCCAACCCGAAACGACUGCCCCCGAUCAUAGGGCAUCACCGCCUCCUGGCGAUGAUAAUGUUGUGGCAAUAAGUCCCCCGUUGAGCCCUGUCGAAGUCAAGAAGAUCCUUUUCCCGGAGCCGCAAGUGGGAAGUCAGUCUAUGAAGAUGCCGGGCUAUUACAACGCGGUUGCUUUCAAGCACAACAUGUCCAUUUGGGACCAAAAGUAUCGAGCAGAUGGAAAAUUUGGUUUCACUGUUCGGGGAAUGGAUGCGCCUAAAAUUGCAAAUGCUGCAACGGGGGACAUUCCAACCAUCGGGCUUCCGCGCCGCAGUGGAAAGAUCAAGACUGGAGGCGUAUUAAGGGAACCGGAUGGCCACCAGAGUCCUACCAGCGGCGCAGUGGAACAACUGUCGUCAGACUCGGAAUCGAGCAGUUCUGCGAGCGGCGAGAGCGAUGAGAGCGACUCUGAGGUUGGCUUUUCACCCGCCACCUUUUCCACGCGGAAAAGAAAACGCACCCGCUCUAACUCGGGCACUUCACUGGCCUUGUCGCAAGAAAAGGCCCCCUUGGGGGCUGACCAAGACACCCCUACCCAUAGGCCAGAAGACUCGGUUUUCCUAGGAAACUUCCUGUCUACCUUCUCCGACUGGUCCAUGGCGGGCUUCUUUUCACUGGCGCAAAACCAAGUCUCCCCCGUCCUUCUUCGCAGGGACAUCCAAGUCCAGAUUGCCCAGCUCUUGGUCGACCAAAUCACGCAAUCUUCCUUGGACCACAAGUUUGACGACACACUUGGGCUGUCCGACUGUGAUGAUGAGGCAUAUACUGUUCAGCCCCCUCUAGGUGAUCCGACGUCUGUGGACCGCAUGGAUAGGUUGGACCUGAACGGUUUUAUAUCACUCCAGGACGCCAAUUUGAUUCCGCCUCCUACAUCGAACGGUGCCAACGCACGCCAGUCCUCUCAACGUAGGGAUACCAGCAAAGGCACGAUACUGAAGAUUCCUCCACCGCACUUACGUGUACGCCGCGGUAAGGAUUUCUUGGAGACACUGCCUCCGGCAAUCUCCUUUUGGGAGACAUUCGGGCUAGAGCCCGCUCACGGUCAAAAGGAUAUAUUCGCCUAUUGCAUUCAUCCCCAGUUCGCCGCAGAAGCGGCCGAUGCAUUCUUGGAGCGCCUUGGCUUGGUAUACUCGGGCUGCAAUCUGGGAACACAUAGCCGAGGUGAUAGGUCGAAUUUCUUUGAUCGUGGGCUGGGCUCGUGGGACGUCAGCCUAUCAGCGGAAUCGCGCUAUUCUGAGGUCAUGAAAUCUUUGAAGGCCAUCUGUGAAGAGCUUGGUACCGCCUUUCUGAGAAGCCCGUCGAGCAAAGAUAGCAAUCUCGUGAUCUAUAUAAUAAACCCUUUCACUCACGCUGCAGCAUCGGUCGAUAUCUGCUCCGCGUUCUGGUUCUUAUUCCAGAAGUACGUGGCCGAUGCUGACAGGCAACAGGCGCAGCAACUUAAUGAGCUAGUGCUGCAAAUCCUUCCCAUUGAUUUCAUCAUGUCCGCAGAAUCUCUAGUUGUACCUCCACAGGCAGAGUAUCUGAACCUGGCGCUCGAGGUGUACAGCCGAUGCCCGCCUAAAUCGUCUCAGCCAAGCCUUGUAAACUGCGCACCUCCGGUUCUUCUUGCGGAACACCUUCCAAAGGCGAUUGGUUUCAGGUUAUCCUCGGAGGGAUCCUCUCCGCUGCAGGAGGGCAGAUGCCUUCACGUCGCAUGCUCCAGAAGCCUAGAUCAACGUUGGAUAAGUGUAGCCUGGUCGGACAGCACUGGAGCACUUCAACGAAACAUGUCUUACUGUCUACGCUUCCGAAACUCACUCGCGACCAGGACUCUCCUAGAGGUGCGGGGUGAGAUUUGGAAGGCAACGAAGGAUAUCAUGGAGAGAAUCCAGGCGCGGUGGAGGGUCAUCAUUGUAAACACGGACCCUGUGGAUCAGGAGGAGGUUGACACGUGGUCGACUUUCGCCGACCAGUAUGGUAAAGCCAAGUCAACAACGGUAGAUCUGGUGGUAUUGAGUGUCAACACUAGUCCCGACCUCCUCCUCGAGCCUCCAUUCCUACCCAUUCCGACGAACCUUUUCAAUGGCCAUCCUUCCUCCACCCCCGUCGCCACUCCAAACCUCGCUGCCAGCAUAUCCUCACCAGAUCAGUUAGGCAAUGCACCCACCCCUCCCGGCGGGGGAGGAGCAGCCGCAGGCGCCUCCACGCCAACAGACGCUCUCCCGGAGGUCGAGUCAGAAUCUCAACUCACGGACAUAUGCGAUGAGACUUGGGGGGUUGUGUUAUCGCAUCGCUUAAACAGCUCGCUCCACCAGACAGAGUAUCGCCCCGCAUUGGCCAGCGGGUAUCUACUUCGCCGGAAGGGCUCUACCGACGGAGACGGGCUGUACACCAUGAACAUCAACAUCAUAUAUACGCGUCGUCCACCAUCAUCUUACGAUACACUCCUGCGGGAGAUCUUGGGAAUGCAUCGCGACCUGGCGACUCUGGCUCGGGCCAGAGGUACCCGCACUGUGCAGAAUGGCACACUCCCUUGGCAUAUUGCGACUGCAGCGAAAGCCCAGACCAUGCUGAGCUAUGUCCUGUGAUUAUUUUUCUUGGGUUUCCUUUUUUUUUUGGUUGUGUCUAUUUCCAUUAUACCAAGUUACUUACGGUUUUGGGUGAUAAUGUGGCGUUUUGGGCAUAUGAGCCAGCUUUCUCAUCCUCCACUUGUUGUUUUUCUUUGGAUAACGAUAAUUCUGUCUUGGCUCCUCCUGUCUCUGUUCUUUUCCGUGUAUAGUUGGUUGUUUUUGUUGUUGGAUGCAGAAUAGGAUAGGAUAUACCACUGUGCAAGUUUGCUUUGGACUGGACUGAACUGGACUUGUUUUGGAUUGGGUGGAAAUUGUCAAGGCACGGUAUCGGGUUUGGGAUAGAGGCUUUACAUAGCUAUGUGUUUGUGUGAUAGCGCAUAUGUAUGCUUCUUGGUCUUGAUUGGGUUUUGUA